AGCUGCCUACGCAGUACGAAGCUACGCCAUCACCACCGCGCGCUCGACGACGUGCGGCUGUCAGCAAUCCGACCCCGCCGCUGCACGCUGCCCCCGCAACCAUGGAGCAGACCAAGGCCCUCAACGCGCUCGAGCCCUUCCUCGCCCUCAGCAAGUCCGCAACCUCGCCGCGCGCCGCGUCCGACCUCGUCGUGCAGGCCACCAGCGCCCCGCACACGUUCGUCUUCGCCGAGCUGCUGCAGACGCCCAACAUCCAGGCCCUGCGCGCCUCGCCCGACCACGCGCCCUACCUGACGCUGCUCGAGAUCUUCGCCUGGGGCACCUGGGCCGACUACAAGGCGCACCCCGAGCUCCCCAAGCUCUCCGCCCAACAGCACCAGAAACUGCUCCUCCUGUCCCUCCUCCCGCUGUCCCACGCCCACGCCUCGCUGACCUACACCCACCUCCUCUCCGCCCUGGACCUGCCCUCCCCGCGCGCCCUCGAGCAACUCCUCACAACCGCCAUCUACGCGGGCCUGCUAACCGCGACGCUGGACCCAGCGCACUCGCGCGUAGCCGUGACCUCUGUGGCGCCGCUGCGCGAUCUAGCGCCGGGCACGCUGCCGGGCUUGCAGGACACGCUGGCCGCGUGGAGCGCGCGGUGCGACGCCGCGCUGGGCGCGCUGGAGGCCCAGGUCGACGCUGUCAAGGCGGGGGCUGUGCAGCGCGAGAAGCUAAGGCGCAAGAAGGAGCGCGCGGUUGAGGUGCAGAGUGGCGAGGAUAAGGGGAAGAGGGCGCCGGAGAUGAGGGGUGGGUAUGGGGAUGAGGACGCGAUGGAUAUCGAUCAGGAGGGCAGCGGGCGGACGACACGGGGGACGAAGAGGGGCGCAGGCGGGUUUGGGUUUGGGGGCACGGGGAGGCGGUUGUGAGGGGGAUGGAGAUGCGGGUCAGGACUUGAGAGCGAGGAGGUGCGUAGGGAGGUGGUCAGUAGCAUCCCCAGUGCGCACCAACUCCCCAGCUGGCAUCACAGCAUACCACAACCACAACUAGACAGCACGAUGUAAUGCCGAAACGACAAGCCAC